AUGCCUGGAAAGGGAGCUCCCACUCGCCUCAACGGCGUUCGUCUGCAGACCAUCCCUCAUCUCCGGGUGCGUCGUCCGAACCAGCAUGAGCAGAACCCGUGUGUGAACGCCAUGUCCACCGUUCUGAACUGCUGGGCGUCGUCCAAUUACAGCGUGGAAGGCUGUGCGGCGUUCGAGGAACAGUUGAGACAGUGCAUGGAUUCGCCGAAAACCAAGGGAAAGCACAAGAAUACGAUCAACUACCACCUCAUGAGAAUGUACCCGAAGGUCGUGGGUCCGAAGAAGAAGCAG